GUGACAGCAGAUAAACACCUGCUCCUACACGUCAACCUGAGCCGGAGUAGACGGGAACUGCUUUAAUACAACAAACAUUUGGACCAGGAGUCGAUCCAAGAAGGGGAAUUUGGACUCAAAAUGUCAGCCCUGAAAGGCAAGAGAAAAGAAUAUCUAACUGUGAAGGAUCUGCAGAGGGUUUUGGACUCAUGUAAACUACAUCUUAAUCAAAUUGACGAGGUCUGGCCAAACAUAUACAUAGGGAAUGUGGCAGUAGCCCAAAACAAGGCUGCCUUGCAGAAAUUAGGUAUAACUCAUGUAUUAAACGCUGCUCACUCCAAGCGUGGCAGCAUAGGGAACCAAAGCUUUUAUGGCAACGACUUUGUGUAUUGUGGCAUUCCAGCAGAUGACUCGACACACUUUGAUCUGGAUGUUUACUUCCAGCCUGCAGCUGAUUUCAUUCAUAAAGCUCUGAAGUCACCUGAUGGGAAAGUUCUGGUGCACUGCAUAAUGGGAAUGAGCCGGUCAUCGACAUUGGUGUUAGCGUACCUCAUGAUCUACCGUCACCUCUCACUCAAACAGGCUUUGCAGAAAUUGAUCCAGAAGAGAGCCAUCUACCCCAACAAGAAUUUCCUGGCUUUGCUGCUGGAUCUGGAUCUUCAGCUGACAAGAAAAAAGAAAACAUGUCAGAUCCUGUAAAUAUAUAUAUAUAUAUAUAUAUUUUUUACCACACAGCUGCAUGGCCUCUAAGGAUGGUGAUGAGGUCAGCCUAUUGGUCCAACUGUCCAGACUGAAAUAUUUCUACAGCCAGUGGCCUGUUGAGAAAUUUGGUUCACCUCAGUUUUUGUCAGACUAAGCUGUACUUUGAGAUUAACACGGAUAUAUCAUAUGUUAGCAUGUUAAACAUAAAAAGAAAAUAUCUUAAAAAGAAAAAGAAAAAUAUCUUAAAGUCGCACACAUAACUCCAAGGUAUUUUAAUUACUCAUCCUUCAGUUUUCUAUUACCACCUUAAAUCUCGACAUGUUAACGUGCCUGUGCUAGAUGUUACAGAGGCAAAAUCUGCACACACACUGCUUUCUUUAAUACCAUGAAAUAAUGUUUCUGUACAUAUUGCUGCUUCAGAAUAUAAUACUCUGAAUAUUAGCAUGUUACACCAACAUGUCAAACAUUAGCAUCUUUAUAUCCUAACUAUACACUUUAACACACUAAACUGUGUGUGCUAACAUUAGCAUGUUAAUCAGCUAAUGUUAGCAUGCUGUCAUGUUCAUAUCCAGUAGGCUAGUUGUUAACAUGCAUGACGCAUGUCAACAUGCUAACAUGUGUUAGCAUUCAGUAUAGCUGAGGCUGAAGUACACAUCAGACAAGACAGUUGCACCAAAUUGAUUGACUGAUGAGGAUCUAAAAAUGAAUUGCAAAGUUGUCUCAAAAUCGAAUUCUGUUGUCUGGUUUGUAUUGAGCUGUAUUACCUCAUCACCUGCUAACAUGGCUUAUACACUUUUUUCUUUUUUAAUGUUUUUGGGGACAGUAAUGUUAAAAACAAAUGUCUUAACAAAAAGACAGUUUGGUUGCAGAAACUUAGUCUAAUAUGAAGAGAAAAUGGAGAUAAGAGGGCUGAUGAUGUUUAGAUGUUAUGACUACUUAUGUCUUGAACUAUGUCUUUACCUUUUAUUCUUGUAAGAUGGCUUUUUCUUAGGCACCUCUGAUUGUAUCACAGCAGAAUGGACCAAAUGUCUUAUGGAAAAUGUUUUACAAAGCAUCACAUUUUAGUAAACUCUGUAGAUGACUCUGAAAAGUCAGAAAAUGUUUCUGCAGGUGAACAUUCAAACUCAAAACGGGACUCAAUCUACAGCAUCUGUCUCUUUACAAGACCAACCCAUCAACGGCGUUCACUGUAUGAAAUUCCUUUGGUGUAUUCAUCAAGUACAAGUACUGUGCAUCAAAAGAUUUCAGGUGUUUUGAUUGUUCAGGAAAUAAUCUGUUGAAUCAUCUGCAGAAGACAGAAGAUUUUGACAGCUAUGAUUUCUAUCUGUUAUGAAUGAUUACCUCUCAACCUUACAAUGCCAACACAUGUAGUGCACAUGUAUACACACAGUAUCAGCACUUAAUUGAGCAGCUCAUUGCAAAUAACCCAUCUGAUUAUUGUAAUGGAGAAACAGCAGUAUGUGGAAAACUGCACUGAAUAAUAUGACAUGAUUUGUAUUGGUCUGUAUUAUAUGGUUUUUUUUUCUGUGGAUAUUUCAAUGGGAUACAGGUAAAAGGAUACAAUAAAUUAUAGGAUAUUUUGCAAAGAA